AGCAACUUUCGCGACAUCGCCUCGCGCGCUGCCACAGCCAGCCGAACUCUGGCGCCGUGGCAGACGAUCGAUGGAGAGCUGGGGGUGUCGCGCCUGAAAUCCCGUCCCCCCAGGGUCAAAGCGCUGAAGGACUCCGAAGAGCUGAAGUUGCUCGGCGAACGCGGCGGUUUGCGCCAGGAAUGUCCCACGAAAAAUGGGCGAUUUUUCAUGAGAAAAUCCUGGGAAACAUAUAGAAAAAUCCAUGGGAAACAUGCCAUGAUCCGUGUUGCAGAGUUUCUUUCUUGA